GCAUCCAACAAAGAAACCAUCGCAGAAUUGACGUAUUCGACGCUGUGUGUUGAACGGAACUGAUCACGCUCAAUCGCAAUAGGCUAUCUCGGCAGUUAAGUGAGAUCAGUUGGCCCGAAAGUGGCCUUAUUAUAUAACUAAUGUCAUCAUCAUUACACGGCCAUGUCAUCCAGGCGGAUACUACAUCCGCAACAUGAAGAUAAGAGCCAGUCAUGCUGAAGUUAAGGGGCACCCAUAUAUGCUGGAAUCUUCUCAGGUGCAGUGAAAAAAUAUAAGAAGUCUUUCAGGCCCUUCCAUACUUCUUUCAUGUUAGUAUUUUCUUGGAUGCUCAAAAGCCAAGACUUUGCAUGAUUUCUGGAGACAAGUGUGAAUUCCCACGCCACCAUUUACUACUAUUAGCUUCAUAAACAUUGCCCAUCAUGGUUUUCCUUGUUGAUAUGGACGAAAAAGACUAUGUCUUUACUUAUGGAAUUUUCGGCGUGCAGCACGAAGAAUUUACGCCAGAAAAAGCAGUUUUCGUCUCCACCCUCUACAAACUGCUCUCUUCAUCCGCCAACCGUGUCGACCACCUUCAAGAUGAAAGUCACGGGCUUCCUCGUCAUAGUCCCAAAUCCACAACUUUCAUCGCCUACUGGCUGUCCUGUUCCUCCUACCAAUCAUUCCAAGCCUCCUCUCUAGUUCAAGAAUUUUGGAACUCUCUCCCCCCAGACGCAGGCGUCUGGCGCGAAGUAAUGACCGUCCCGAAAUCGCGCUUCAUGUUCGCCUCAAGCCAGCCGGUCGCCUCAGCGAUGGGCACUCUACUUCCCCUAAAACAAAGCUCUGACGAAGGAUAUUGGGGCGUAUAUCGUCAUCGACUAUCCGAAACACCAGAUUCCCACACUGAUCCUAAAGAUACAUUUACCUCUGCUUAUAUCACCCCUACCAAAGCGAAACCAAACGACACGAGAAAAACUAUCGAGAUACCUAACACCCGUAGCUCCAAAAUGAAAUUAGGGAGAGUAACCAUUUCCAGUCCACCCGACAAUCUCGUUUUCGUCCGUGAAGGACAGCGCCAACCAAAUGUCCCGCCCGCAGAAACAGAAGCCUGGCUCAAGAAAAUAAAUCCACAUGCCCAGUCCUGGAUAUCUCAUCUCGACACUGAGCGCAACAAAAAUGGCGUAGUGGCAUUUACAACACACAUAAGCCAUGAGAACCCCACCCCAGAGAUUUUGAAUGAAAAAUUUGAUGGCGAAGCAGAUUUAGAGCUUGACACCGAAGCUAUUGCAGAGACGAAUCAACUUGCUUAUUUUUUGGACCUAUCCCAUUUUGAGCAAGCAGGCCGUUCGCAUAAGGGUCAUGUGGAAUUGAGAAAAACGGUUAUGAAUCUUUAUGGACCCGGGGGACAAUUAGAAAAGGGAAAGUCGGUUCUGUUUGUGGAACUGUGUGUUUUGAAAUCAGGAGAUCUGGAUGCUGAGUACAUUGGCUGCGCUGAAGGCACAGGCUUGAUGUAUUUGGCUAAUUUGUAGUAAACUAUGAAAUUAACAGAAAUUAUCUCGCCAGUCAUUAAGGACAGACAUUCCCUAGAUGUCCUAUCUUGUAGUGAAAAGCCGUCGACUUUGUUACAGGAAUGCGUCCACCAGCUAUUCAUCAAUCGGAUGUGUAUUUGGUUCUGACCUUGACACCUUUUGUCUUGGAUGUUGCUGCUUUCCUUUGAAAAGAUGAAGAGGCUCUCUUUUUCUUAGGCGUCGCAGGUUCUGCUGGAACAGUACAAUUACCAGGCUCCUGGUCGCUAUCGUCGUCAUAUCUGUACUUUGAAUACAAUGAAAAUUUACUUACA